ACUGUAGUAGUGCCUAUUUUAAAGAUGAACAGAAAGGAGGUUUUGCUAUUAAUUGUUGCCGUUGCGGUUUCGGCCGCUGUAGGAGCUGAUCUUUUUGGAUUUAAGGAAGACCCAGAAGAAAACCCCAACCGACUAAACAAAAACAACCGCACCCCGAUAUAUAUACCAAAUCACUGUGGAGAAAAUGAAAUACUCUACCCAGGAGAUCAGAGUGACGAUUGGGUCUGUGACUGUCGACCUGGUCACGUUUACCAUCCGGCAUCGCGCGGUUGCUUUCCGCUGUUUACGCAAGCUUACUGCGCGGACGGUGAAUACGUGGAAAUCCGGCCAGGAGCCAAACUGCCACAAUGUACCAAGAAUACCUGCAAAGGAAAGGAAAUUCCGUUCAACGGAAGCUGCGUCAUGCUAAAUAAAAAUAAUAACGGACUUUGUCCGACUAUUCAACGCAUUCGGUUCGUAAUCGGGGUCAACGAAACGACCCUCCAACUGGGCUGCAUCUCGCACGCUCCGAUCGAUCUGAUUCGCGCUACAUCCCAGCGGGGUGACUACAGGACUAUUGGCGAACAGACGGUGCUGACCAAGGAAGGAACGGUACUGUUCCUGGCUGCCAGCAAAUGUGCUCCAGGAUCUGGUGCUCUAAUCAACGGAACCUGUACGACAGAGUGAAACAGUGGCGAACAAUGGCAAUCGUGAAAGUUUAUCAAUAAAUGAGUUGCGUAAUGUUCUCUACAUGAAUCCUACAAUGCGGUUUUAUUGAGAACCAGUUCCAUUAGUGAAUGUAAGCGUUAGGUUAAGUACACCCAAAAUACAUAUU